AUGCGUCUCCCAUACGUCCCCGACCCGCCGAACUUCACGUCCGAAGAAGACAAAGCCGUCGAGCAGCGCGUCAGACAACGGCGAGGCGAGAAGGGUCUCAUAGCUCUGGAUCGAACAUUGCUCCAUGCUCCCCCGGUCGCAGACGGAUGGAACUCAUUCCUCGGUUCCAUCCGCACAAAAACCAGUCUUCCCACAUCCAUCCGCGAAACAGCCAUUUGCCGCGUUGCAGUUCUAAACAAAGCAUGGUACGAAUGGGAGUCUCAUUCGCCGAUUCUAGAAUCAGCUGAAGAUGUCACAAAAGCCCAAGUCCUCGCCGUCCUAAACUCCCAGCCUCGGGAACCGCUCUCGGCGUUGGGCGACAAGCUAUCCGCUGUACUAGCCUACACAGACGCCAUGACACUAGACGUGCGUGUGCCAGAUAGCGUGUUUGAGCAGUUGAAAACGGUGGGGUUUAGCGAGAAGGAGAUUGUGGAGAUUACGGCGACGGUCGCGGCGUAUAAUUGCGUAAGCAGAUUCUUGGUUGCGUUGGAUGUGGGGGAGAGGAAUGCGCAGACGGGGCCGAAGGAAGGGGGGAAGGAGUAA